AUUAUCCCGGCGAUCCAAGUGGGUUGGCCCGAACUUAGAACAGAUCCUAAAAUUUCAAAUCGUAGGUUUGAAUUCUUACCCAGCUAGGUUUCGAGAAAGAAGAUAGAUUAAGAUGUCAUUGAUAAUUGAGUGGAUCUGAUGGUGACGAUCAUCCAUUUCAUGUAGAAUCAAUGGAGCUAGUGUCACUUAAUAGUGAGCCGGUGUUUGGGGAAGGCGAUGAAUACGAAGACGGAGACUGUUCAGUUGCCGGAAACUGUGACAAACCUGACUCAAUGCAGUUGGAAAGGGAAUUCCUUCUGCCUAUGGUGGAAUUGGAGUUUGAGUCUUUUGAUGAAGCAUAUGAUUUCUACAAUGUUUAUGCUAAGGGACAAGGAUUUGGUAUUAGAGUUAGCAAUUCAUGGUUCCGGUCAAAAAGAAGGGAGAGGUAUAGGGCGAAACUCAGCUGCAGCAGUGCUGGUUUCAAGAAAAAGAGUGAAGCGAACAAUCCAAGGCCAGAGACCAGAACGGGGUGUCCUGCACUGCUCAUCAUCAAGCUUGUGGAUGCUCAAAGGUGGAGGAUAGUCGAGGUUGAGCUCGCUCACAACCAUCCAUUGAGCCCGGAAAGUAUGCGAUUCUAUAAAUCACACAAAAAGAUGAUCCUUGCUGCCAAGAAAGUGCAGCCGUCUGAACCUGUAAGAGAAGUACACACGAUUAAGCUUGACUAACAAAUUUGAGAUACCUUUGUUUUCCUUCGUGGGAAUAAAUCACCAUGGAGAAUCUGUUCUAUUGGGAUGUGGUACUCGGAGAUGAAUCAGUGGAGUGUUUUAUUUGGAUGAUUAGGACAUGGCUGACUUGUAUGCUGGGGAAACAUCCACAAGUUAUUGUUACUGAUCAGUCGAAACACUUGCAUAUAGCAGUUUCUGAGGUUUUUCCGCAGGCUUGUCAUUGUUAUUGUUUAUCUUAUAUCAUGCUUCGCGUUCCUGAGAAAUUGGGUGGACUAAAUGGGUUUGAAGUUAUCAAGAGGCGAUUCAGUAAAGCUGUUUUUGGUUCCCUGACAAUAUCCGAGUUUGAAACUUUCUGGAGGGAGAUGAUUAGUCAGCACAACCUGAGGGAGAAUAAAUGGCUACAAGCAUUGUAUGAAGAUCGUCAAAGGUGGGCACCGGUAUACCUAAAGGACACUUCUUUCUUUGGGAUGCAGUGAGGGCGAGGGAACAACUCCGUUUUUUGAUGGUUAUGUACACAAGCACACAUCCUCGAAGGAGUUCCUUGACAAGUAUGAUAUGGUGCUACAAAGAAAAUAUUUGAAAGAAGCAAUGGGAGAUGUUGAGUCCAGAAAUCUAGCCUCUGAACUGAAAACAGGAUCGAAUUUUGAGCUGCAGCUGUCGAAGGUGUACAUGAAGUAAAUGUUUGAAAAAUGUCAGGAUUGAAGUUGAGGGCAUGUAUACUUGCUUCAACAUAAAGCAAGUAGCUAAAAACGGCCCGAUUCUGACUUUUGUUGUCGAACAGCGACAGGAAGCCGAAGCAAAUGAGAAGGACGUCAGACAUUAUGAAGUUCUUUACGAGACAACACAGGUUGAAGUAGGAUGCAUUUGUGGCCUUUUCAAUUUCAAAGGCUAUUUGUGCAGGCAUGCAUUAAGUGUCCUUAGUCACAAUGGUGUAGAAGAAAUACCAUCUCAAUACAUUCUACGGCGUUGGAGUAAAGAUUACAAGCGCAAAUUUCUCUCAGACAGUGGCAUUGGUGAGGACAGUCCUUGGCAGUAGCAUGAAAAUCUAUUCCGGCGCUCCCUACAAGUUGUCAAAGAGGGGGCUCAAUCGGAAGAUCAUUAUGUCAUGGAGCAUAAUAUAAGCUUAUUCUUGAGUUUUCUUUGUCAAUUCUUUCUCGGAUUUAGAUUUUGUAUUAAUAGGAGAUUUGCUUAGCUAAUAUAUUUAACUUGGUUCCCAUUAGUCAUAGGACUCACAACAGCCGUAGAAGCAUUAAUUUAGAUUUUGCGUUUUAUUGGAGAUUCGUGUAGCGAAUAAAUCUCACUUGGUUCUCAUUAGUCAUAACAUCCAUAGAUGCAUUGAUUUGGAAGUUUCUUCAAUUAAAUUAUCUUUUAACUGUGCACAACACUUAAAAA